GUCGCUUGUUGGCACUUUGGAAACUUUGGGCCGGCCUUUGCGCGCGCAGCCCAGCUUUCGCGCAUCAAUCUUGGCUUUGAACUCGGAUAACAAAAUCUACCUCCGCCCCAAUAAUGAACGCCUACAUUAUUAUUAUUUUAAGAGCAGGCUUGUGCGGUUGGUAGGCAGGCAAAAUCAAUGUAUACGCUACGUGCGUGAGGGAGAUGCCUGAUUUUUAAACUGUAUGGUUCCUGAAGGCAGUCCAAAUAGCUCUGGGAAGAUCAGGUACCAUCAGUGGCUAAAGGAUGUGCAGUUCCCUGAGCCCAAAGGCCCGAGGUCCUGGCCUCUCCGAUAUGCAUCAGUACAGUCAGUGGCUGGCCAGCAGACACGAGGCUAAUUUGUUGCCAAUGAAGGAAGAUUUGGCGCUAUGGCUGACAAACCUGCUGGGAAAAGAAAUAACAGCUGAAUCCUUCAUGGAGAAAUUGGAUAAUGGUGCUUUGCUCUGUCAGCUAGCAGAGACUUUACAGGAGAAAUUUAAAGAAAAUUGCAUUGAAGUCAAAUUUGGAAAGAAAAUGCCAGUGAGGAAAAUUCCCUGCAAAGCCAAUGCUCCCUCUGGAUCUUUUUUUGCACGGGACAAUACAGCAAAUUUCCUAUCCUGGUGCAGAGAUGUGGGAGUGGAUGAUACUUGUCUCUUUGAAUCUGAAGGCUUGGUCCUCCACAAGCAGCCCAGAGAAGUGUGCCUUUGUUUGCUUGAGCUUGGAAGGAUUGCAGCCAGGUUUGGUGUAGAGCCUUCUGGAUUGAUAAAGCUGGAGAAAGAGAUUGAACAAGAAGAGACGCUUUCAACUCCUCUUCCUUCUCCUUCCCCUUCCCCAACAAAGUCACCUGGCAAAAAGAGCACAGGAAAAAUCCUGGACGAUGCAGUCAAACAUAUUUCUGAAGAUCCGCCUUGUAAAUGCCCUAGUAAAUUUUGUGUGGAGCGCCUUUCACAGGGAAGAUACAGAGUUGGAGAGAAGAUCCUUUUCAUCAGGAUGCUGCACAACAAACAUGUAAUGGUUCGUGUAGGAGGAGGAUGGGAGACGUUUGCAGGAUACUUGCUGAAGCAUGACCCCUGCCGAAUGCUGCAAAUAUCCCGGGUGGAUGGCAAAACCUCCCCCAUCCAGAACAAAUCUCCAACUAUCAAGGACCUGAGUCCAGACAGUUACCUGGUGGUUUCUGCUCAUUACAAAACCAAAAAGGAAAUUAAGUGAAAUUGCCUUCUCAUUUCUUUGCGGGACUUGGUAUAUGUAGACCCACACUAUUCUUCAUGUGUAGUCAAAUUAGUUGAGGCUUUGAAAGGACUUCUGGACUUAACAUGCAGACUGGAAAUGACAACCCAUUUCAUGGAUUGUUGAGCGGUAGAACUAUUUAUUUCUAGUACUGUGCCUUUUCUUAGCAAGUUACUCUUGGUAGGUUAAUUAUGAAAACCAGAUUUUUUUAAGACAGACAUAUUUUUAGCCUAAUUAUUACUCUAUGAAUGUACUCGUAGGUUGAUUAAAACAAUAUGGCUCAUAUUAAAAAAACCGAAAUGGUAGAAAUUUGAUUGAAAAAGCAGUAGGUAUGAUUCCCAAUAAUUUGCCACAGCAAAUAGUUAUAUUCAGCUUAGUAGGAAAAAAGCGGGGCUGGGGAAGGAUAAUGUAAUAGGAAAAACAUCUGUCUUAGGCCUGGAGAGCUAAUAGCAUAAUAGACAAUGCCAGAGAAAUAUAUUUGAAUGGCUUCACCUAUUUUGUUCAAAGAAAAACAGUUCCUUGUUUGUGAAUUAUAUCACGUACAACUCCAUUGUUGUUUGUAAAACAUUAUUCACGGGUUAACAUUUAAAUAUGUGAACAGCCAAUUUCAUUUCCUCAACACAUCAAGACAGGUCACUACAGAUUCGCUGUAUGUAUCAAAUUGAUGAGUUUAUUCCAGGCUGACUCGUAUAUUAAAGGAAGCUGAUCUAUACACAUAUUCAUAUUAAACAAAUGGGACAUCGUUUGGGAAAAUAUAUAUUUGCAUCAGGCAGACCCAUAUCCAUAAGUAACUGCUGGAUCAAUAUGAUAGCCCAUCUACAAAAUGAAAUUAAAAAGAAAUGAUAGAAAUCCUCUGUGAAUGAGAGGCUAAUGCUUGUUUUGUUUAUUCAUAUCAGAAAAUAGCUUAUACUGAUAUAUACUGUGAGUUUGCCAAUUAUGUCUACCUCUGGCAUGUCUCAAAUAAUGUCAAUAUUGCUGGAGGCUCUAAAGCAGAAUGACAAGCCCCAUUUGGGAGCUGGUUCACUGAAAUAACAACUUUCCCUCCAUUCCAAACCCAACACUAAUGACAUGGUAAAAACACAACAAAGAUUCCCAGAAAGCCAGGAUUCAUGCAGUAGGUAGAUCAAAGUUAAUAUUUUAACUACGUUAAUAGUUGCAAGAAAUAGAUAAGAGCAUCUUUGUAUUAUUGAGCUUUUAGAACCAGCAGAUGUUUUGAAAUUACAUACUUCUGUGAAAAAAUAUUGGGGAUGGUUUUAAGUUUCCAAUUUCAUUCAGGAUUGUUUUUCAUAUUAAACCUCAGAUACAUACAGACUGUUGACCCAGUGGGAUACUCUCUCCUUCUGAAUUCCAUUAUAUUUGGACAUAACAGGAAAAAAAUGAAAAUAAUAUGUGCUAUUCUCUGUAGAUAAAUAACAGGAAGGGGAUUGCCAUAUAUAUCUCUGUGAUAUAUACAAAUGCUGGGGUUUGGGUUAUAUGUUUUGCUAAUUUUCCUUGACUAUACUUGAUAACUUUGUGCCUUGCUAGGAAAAAAAAAAAUCAUUGUUCAAUAAUUAAUUGAAUGAUGACUGUAUAAAUGAUGUGAUAAACUGAAAUCAC